AUUUUGUCAGUUUUAAAUUUUGUUAAAAGUAAUUUUGUAGUUUUAGUGAUUAUUUAAAUGGAGAAUAAUAAUUUAAUUGUAAAAAAUAAAUCUGAUAACAAAGUAUGCCGAGGAAGUAAUUCUAGUGUAAACAGUCUCAAAUCGUUUAGGUCACUUAAUUUAUUAUCCAGCAUUAGAAAAGCUGUUCGUAAAAAGCCCAAAAGCUUAGAUAAGCAGGAACAAGUUCAGGAAGCAAACACAUCAAACAGCAAUUCUUCAAUUAUGGCAGGGGAAAGUGUGGAAGAAAUCAAGUUUACUGAAAUGCUAGAUGACCAGAAUAAUGGGUCUGUUGAAAGUCAAAUUGUUAUUUACGACUCAAUACCUUGUCAUUUUUAUCAAACUAUGGGCAUACAAGUUAAUCCUUUCAUAAAUCCACUGAUCCAAACACAUAAGACGAUUUCACCAAGAACCAGUCUAAAAAACGAUCCAAUCGUCUUUAUUCAAAAAACAAAAUGUACGAAUGAAGCAAAUGCAUUAUCUUUGUCUCAUGAAACUUAUCAAAAAAUUCAGGAGUUGUCAAUUAAAUUAAGAGAAAGUGAAAACAGUUUUAUAUUUAUUCUUAAAAAAUAUAUAACAGAUCCAUCUAUACAAGCAGACUUGAUGGCAGUAGUAAGCAAACACUCAAAAAUUUAUGCUGAUAGUGAAACAACGACUAGUACGACUUUAACCAAUAUUUGGAUGAAACAGUUAGAGACGGAGAGGAUACAGGGGCGUGCCCUUCAGGAAACUCUUAAUGUUGUGGUAAAACAAAAUAGACAACUACAAUUAGAUAACGAAACAUUAUUUCGGAAUCAUGAGAGGGCAAUCUCAAGAUUGCAUGCAAUACAUUCGCAAAAUACCGGAGAAGAUAUUAAGUGUGGACUUGAAAAACAAAUCGAGCACUUUAUGAGACAUAAUGAAAGAUUGCAACAAAAACUAGUUGUAUAUUACCAACAACUAGGAAAAUAUGAAAAUGAGAUGCACUUGUCCAAAAUUCAUUAUGAAAAUUUGGAGAAGGAAUUUUUCUCUGUAAAUGAAGAAAAUCAAUUAUUAAAAGCCAAGCUAGACAGAUCUAAAAAUGAAUAUGACUUAGAAGUAACAUCUUUAAAUACCAGAUUAGAAAACAGUGAUCAAAUCUUAAGAGAUAUAGCUGUGGUAGGAAAGAAAGUGAUAGAAGAAUUGAUAACUAUUAAAAGCAAGAUAAGUAACAUUCCAAACAAAAUUAAUUGGAAUAAAUUGACGGUGGAGUCUUCAGGAACUAAUUCCAUAGAAAUAUUAAAUAUAUGCAAUGACUUUGUUACUGAAUUAUCAAACGAGCUAUUAACAAUACAGGAAAAUGUAUCAUUUAAAGAACUGGAGGUAAAACAUUUUGACAGUAACAUUGGAAAUGAAGAAACAACAUCUUAUGAAAAUCAAUUAAAUGCUCUAAGGCAGGAAUGUGAACUCUAUCAAGAGGAAAUAAUUAAAAAUAAAUUAGAAUUUGAGAGCAUAAUUUCCUUAAAAGAAAAGAUAUUGGAAGAAAAACUCCAAAUCAUUAAUAACAUACACAGAGAAAAUCACACGUUACAAGCACAAGUAGAGAAUUUAGAAAAGAUUAUUAAAGAAAUAGGCUGUGGCGAUGCAAAUUAUAAAAAAGAUCCCGCCAUACAAUUUCAAACAGAAUUCAAUCAGAUAUUAAAAGAAAAGCAACAACUGGUUGAAAAGUAUGCUCAGGCCAAAGAUAGUAAUCGAAUUUUACUGGAAAAUCAUCAUCAAGCUGAACAGCAGUUAAACAAUCAAAAAGUUGAGAGUCACACUUUGAAAAUGGAAGUGGAACAACUAAAAGUAAAAUAUGAAGCUGAACAUCAAACAACUCUGUCAUUACAAAAAGAACGUAAAAAAUAUUUGGAGGAAAAGGCAGAACUUAAACAAAUAUUCCAACGCAUGAAAUCGGAUAUUGACCGAAUGGAGAAGUUGGAGGAAAAGAUGCUCAAUGCAAGCAACGAGGCUAAUCGUUUGGCGUUAAUAGCAGAUUUCAAUAAACAAAUUGGAGAAAAACUCAAAGAAGAAGUCAUUGAACGCGACAAUACUAUUUCACUGCUCAGAGGAAACAUGGACAAAUUAAAUUAUAUUCAAGUCGAAAAUACGAAAGAGAAGCUGUCACUAUGUCAUGAGCUUUCUGAAGUCUGUACCAUUAAGGAGCAGCUUUCUACCGUUCUGUCAACGGAAGUUCAACGAAACUAUGCUUUAUGUGAAGCAAACAAAGAUUUGGAAAGCACUGCUACUGACCAAGUAAAACAAUACCAAGAAAAAUUUUUAACGGAAAGAGAAACCUUAAAAGAAUUAUUUAAAGAACUAAAAAGUGUAGUGCAAGAAAGAGAUAAUUUACUAAUAGUUCAAAAUCGAUAUCUAAAAGAGAUUAAAGAUCUUCAAUCGAACUUUUUGGAUUUAAAGAAAAAACUUAGCACCUUAAUAGAGAAGUCAAAUAAAAAAGAUGUAAAAAUCCAUCGACUAACUGAAAGUUUAAAGAACCAUCAAGAUGUCUCGAAAGAAACGGAAUUAAAGUUAACGAAAGAUCUAAUAUAUUACAAAGAAUCGAUAUCCUCCAUAGAGGCUCAAUUAAGAAAGACGAAACAAGAAAAGGAUGAUCUUCAAAAUAGUAUUGAGUAUCUUCAAAAUACCACUCAAAAACUUCACAAGGACUUAAAUGAUUCCAGAAAAUCUGAAAAGGAUAUGAAAAUGGAACUGGAUAAAGUAAAAUUGGAAUUUAAAAAAAUUGAUAAUCAAAACAUAGAACAUGAAAAAACAAUUAAUAAAUUAUGUGUUGAGAAAGAAAAACUUAAAUCUGAAAUCGAUUAUGUUAAUAAUCUAUGUGAGAAAGUCUUAUCUGAUUUUGAGUCUAGUAUAAAAAUAAACGCCAACAAAGAAGACACAUUUAAAAAAGAAUGCGAAAAUUAUAAAACAAUUAUAUUAAGAUACGAGGCGGAUACAAAUAAGUUACAACAGGAGUUAAAAAAAGCACAAGCACACUUAGAUUUUAUGAAAACCAAUGGCAAUAGUGAAUUAACUGCGAAAUAUCUUAGGACCAUCGAGGAAUUAAAAGAAGAAAACCAUCAACAAAAAAAAGAUUUUCUAAUAACCGAACAGAAGUUGAAAAAUAUGAUAGAAGAAUUGAAUUCCAAAAUUUCUCAUAAAACUGAGCUGCAUAGAAGAUUAAAGGGAAAUUUCGACGAACAAAAGAUUGAAAAUAAAAAUUGUAAACAGAAUAUAGAAAAACUUAAAAGGGAGCACAAAGUAGCUAUUGAAUGUUUAGAACAAGAAGUAACUACACUAAAUAAAAAAGUUCAGGAACUUUCUGCCGCAUUAGAAAAUCUAAGGUCUAUAAAAGAUACAGCACCAAAAAUAAAUGAAGUUUCAGAAAAUACUUGUGAAUUAGUGCAGAAAAAGAAGUCGUUACAAAACAUAGUCAAUCAAUUAAAUAACACUCAAAAUUCACUUCAUGAUAUAGAGUUACAAAAGCAAAUACUAAAAUGUAAUAUAGAGGAAGCAAUGAAGAAGUUGGAGACAGAAAAGAAAAGAAUUGAAGAACUGACGAAGGAAAAGGAAACUGUCGAAAAACUGCGAUUUGAUGUAUCUUCAAAAUGUUCCCAGCUACAAAAUGAGAUAAGGGAAUCGACAGAUCAUAGUCGAUCAGACUUUGAUACGUUACGCCAAAAUGAGAUGAGAACAAGAGCUAUGAAACGUGAAUUAGACCAAAGUUAUGAAAUAAUGAUAAAUUUGAAAGAUGAAAUUUCCAAAUUUGAACAACAAAUCACGCAAUUAGAAUUCCAAAGGUGCGAAUUAACUUUACGUCUACACGAAUCACAAGGUCAUUGUGAAACUGAAAAAGCCAUUUGUGAUAAAUUGCGAAAAAUAAAUCAGAACAUUCUAUCAACGAUAGUGAAAAUGAAAGACGAAGGUAAAGUAGGAACCUCCGAAUUUAAUGAACUGAUGAUGGCGGUGCAAGAAGAAAGCUGCGAAAUUUACAGACGAGAUUCUAACCUCACAACAAUAACAAACAGAUCUGAGUAUGAACUUUCAAAUGCCUUAGAUCAAAACUCUUCAAAAAUCUAUAAAAACUCACAACUUCUUCAUUAAAAUGGUAGAGAUAAUUUCAGACUCCGGAUUUCACUGUUAUCAAGAAAUGCUUGACCAAAUUGAUGGUGAAUAUGAAGAAAGUGAAAAAUUAAAGAAAGCCAUUACAUUAGAAAAUAAUAAAAUUAUAAUUUCUCAUCUAGCAAAUUCAGAAGAAUGUCAUACUAUUUCACUUGUGCUCGUGAAGGUUUUUAAUGAUUUAUUUGAAAUUUAUAAAUUAUAUCACAGUGAUUUGUCCAAAAAUACUGUUCAUAAAUUAAUUCAAUAUGAA